GGCCAGGGCAGGUUCGGGAACUCGCUCCGAGGCGCCUGUAUUGUCUGCUGAGGGGAGACGCGGGAUCAGGCCCCCCCUCCCCCGCCUGCCCACCGCCGCCUCCGCCAGCCCGGUCCCCCCAGCCGCCCGCCUGGAUCCAUGAGCUGAACUCACGCACCCCCCACCCCCCUCCCCGGCCGCCGCCAUCUUGUGCCCCCCCCCCUCCCCCGGGCAGCGCUGAGGGGGAUUUUCUCUUGUACUCUGACGAGCUCCCUCUCCCGGUCCCGCCGCCGCCGCCCGGCGCUGCUGAGGAGGAGAGAAGCGGCCGAGGCUGCCGCCGCCACCGCCGGUGAGGCCGCCUCCCCACCCACCGCCCUCCACCACCCCUCCUCCUCCUCCUCCUCCCCCUUUGUCUGCACCACUCGACGACUCCGCCGCCGCCCGCCCGGGGACUGGAGGGAGCCGCUCGCGCCGCCGCUUGCCUCCGGCGUCUCGUGCCGCCGCCGCCUCCACUCUGCUGCGUCCGCCGCUCCCCCCGGCCGCAGCGGCAGCGGCGCGAGCCGGAGCGCGAGACCCCGGGCGAGCUCGCGCCCCCCACCCUGCCGCCGCUGCUGCUGUGCUGCCGCCGCCUCCUGCCCCUCGAGCCUCCCGCCGCUGGGAUCCCCCUCCUCGUUACCACGCCGGCUCUGUGCAGCCUUACGAACCAAAUCAAGAAACUAUGUUCCAACUUCCUGUCAACAACCUUGGCAGUUUAAGAAAAGCCCGGAAAACUGUGAAAAAAAUACUUAGUGACAUUGGUUUGGAAUACUGUAAAGAACAUAUAGAAGAUUUUAAACAGUUUGAACCUAAUGACUUUUAUUUGAAAAACACUACAUGGGAAGAUGUAGGAUUAUGGGACCCUUCACUUACAAAAAACCAGGACUAUCGGACAAAACCCUUUUGCUGUAGUGCUUGUCCAUUUUCCUCAAAAUUCUUUUCGGCCUACAAAAGUCACUUCCGGAAUGUUCAUAGUGAAGACUUUGAAAAUAGAAUUCUCCUUAAUUGUCCCUACUGUACUUUCAAUGCAGACAAAAAGACUUUGGAAACGCACAUUAAAAUAUUUCAUGCUCCAAAUGCCAGUGCACCGAGUGGCAGCAUCAGCACUUUUAAAGAUAAAAACAAACAUGAUAGCCUUAAACCUAAACAGGCUGACAGUGUAGAGCAAGCUGUUUAUUACUGUAAGAAGUGCACUUACCGAGACCCUCUAUACGAAGUAGUUAGAAAGCACAUUUACAGGGAACAUUUUCAGCAUGUUGCAGCACCUUACAUAGCAAAGGCAGGUGAAAAGUCACUUAAUGGUGCAGUCCCAUUAAGUUCAAAUACCCGAGAGGAGGGAAGUAUUCACUGCAAACGAUGCCUUUUUAUGCCGAAAUCCUAUGAAGCUUUAGUACAACAUGUUAUUGAAGAUCAUGAACGUAUAGGCUAUCAGGUGACAGCAAUGAUAGGGCAUACCAAUGUAGUGGUUCCAAGAUCUAAACCAUUGAUGCUAAUUGCUCCAAAACCACAGGAGAAAAAGCCUAUGGGACUCCCACAAAGAGUUGGUUCCCUUGCCUCUGGAAAUGUCCGAUCUCUUCCAUCACAGCAGAUAGUGAAUCGACUCACUAUACCAAAGCCUAAUUUAAAUUCUACAGGAGUCAAUAUGAUGUCUAAUGUCCAUCUCCAACAGAAUAAUUAUGGAGUCAAAUCAGUAGCCCAGAGUUACGGUGUUGGUCAGUCAGUAAGACUAGGUUUAAGUGGUAAUGCACCCGUUUCCAUUCCCCAGCAGUCUCAAUCAAUGAAACAGUUACUGCCGAGUGGGAACGGGAGAUCUUACGGUCUUGGUUCAGAGCAGAGGUCACAGGCACCGGCAAGAUACUCGCUACAGUCUGCCAAUUCAUCUUCUCUUUCAUCAAGCCAAUUGAAGUCACCCUCUCUCUCUCAGUCGCAGUCAGCCUCUAGAGUAUUAGGUCAGUCCAGUUCAAAACCUGCUGCUGCUGCUGCUGCUGCUGCUGCUACAGGCCCUUCUGCAGCAACCAAUACUUCAUCAACACAAAAGUGGAAAAUUUGUACAAUUUGUAAUGAGCUAUUCCCUGAAAACGUUUACAGUGUUCACUUUGAAAAGGAGCAUAAGGCGGAGAAGGUGCCUGCAGUUGCUAACUACAUAAUGAAAAUACACAAUUUCACUAGUAAAUGUCUGUAUUGUAAUCGCUAUUUGCCCACUGAUACUUUGCUUAACCACAUGUUAAUCCAUGGUCUCUCUUGUCCAUAUUGCCGUUCAACUUUUAAUGAUGUUGAAAAGAUGGCUGCUCAUAUGCGAAUGGUUCAUGUUGAUGAAGAAAUGGGACCCAAAACUGAUUCCACUUUAAGCUUUGAUUUGACAUUGCAACAGGGUAGUCACACUAACAUACAUCUACUUGUAACCACGUACAACCUGAGAGAUGCCCCAGCUGAAUCUGUAGCUUAUCAUGCCCAGAAUAAUCCCCCAGUUCCCCCAAAGCCACAGCCAAAAGUUCAGGAAAAGGCAGAUGUCCCUAUAAAAAGCUCACCUCAAGCUGCAGUACCCUAUAAAAAAGAUGUAGGUAAAACACUUUGUCCUCUAUGCUUUUCAAUCCUAAAAGGACCCAUCUCUGAUGCACUUGCACAUCAUUUACGGGAGAGGCACCAGGUUAUUCAGACGGUUCAUCCGGUUGAGAAAAAGCUCACCUACAAAUGCAUCCAUUGCCUGGGUGUGUACACUAGUAACAUGACAGCCUCAACAAUCACGCUGCAUCUGGUUCACUGCAGAGGUGUUGGAAAGACCCAAAAUGGCCAGGAUAAAACAAAUGCUCCCUCUCGGCUUAAUCAGUCACCAGGGCUGGCACCUGUAAAGCGUACUUAUGAGAACAUAGAAUUUAAUUUGCUGAAAAAGAGGAAGUUAGAUGAUGAGGUAGAUACACCCUCCAUCUUUGAAGAGAAACCUGAAGAGCCGGUUGUCUUAGCUUUAGACCCCAAGGGUCAUGAAGAUGAUUCAUAUGAAGCAAGAAAAACAUUUCUUACAAAAUAUUUCAACAAGCAGCCCUAUCCCACUAGAAGAGAAAUUGAAAAAUUGGCUGCCAGUUUAUGGUUAUGGAAGAGUGACAUUGCUUCUCAUUUCAGUAAUAAAAGGAAGAAAUGUGUCAGAGAUUGUGAAAAAUACAAACCUGGUGUGUUACUGGGUUUUAACAUGAAAGAACUAAACAAAGUUAAACAUGAGAUGGAUUUUGAUGCUGAGUGGCUAUUUGAAAAUCAUGAUGAAAAGAAUUCUAGAGUCAAUGCUAGUAAAACUGUUGACAAAAAAUUGAACCUUGGGAAGGAAGAUGACAGUUCUUCGGAUGGUUUUGAAAAUUUAGAUGAAGAAUCCAAUGGAAGUGGUAGUCCUUUUGGUGCAACUUUUGAUGUUGAACAUAAAAUUCCUAAUGAUAGCAUAGUGGAGAACCCAGAAGAAAGCAUUACCAAAAUAACUACUGGGGACACUUUAGAAUCUGAAGAUAAGAUAGACCAAAAAGAUGAGGAAGAUUCAAAAUAUGGAGAUAUUCAUUCUACAGAGGAACCAUCAAAACUAAUACAUGACGCCUCUGAUAGUGAUGUUGAUCAAGAUGAUCCUGUUGAAUGGAAAGAUGGUGCUUCUCCAUGUGAAAGUGGGCCAGGUUCUCAACAGGUGUCUGACUUUGAAGACAAUACAUGUGAAAUGAAACCUGGAGCAUGGACUGAUGAAUCAUCCCAGAGUGAAGAUGCUGGAAGCAGUAAACCAGUUGCCGAAACAAAAGGUGCAUCAGAAAGUGAUGAAGAGCAGUUGAAAUGGAAGAAUAGUUCCUAUGGAAAAGUAGAAGAAUUUUGGUCCAAGGACCAGUCACAGUGGAAAAAUGCAUCUGAAAAUGAGGAGAGUUUGUCCAACCCACAGAUGGAGUGGCAAAAUAGCACAAUUGACAGUGAGGAUGGAGAGCAGUUUGAUAAUAUGACUGAUGGUGUUGCAGAACCAAUACAUAACAGCUUAACUGGUGUGGAGCUGAGUAGCCAACAAGCAUAAACUGCCCUAUUUCCUAAGCAUUGGUGGUAGGCUGUAUUCUGUAACUAUCAGAUCUUUGCAUUUCAGUAUGACUGCUAAGCUUAAUUCAACUGGUACUGCCUUUUGAGUGCUAGGUCAACUGACUUCAGUGGUGGAUGUGUGGCCACUCCUAUUCCAGUGGUUAUUUCUGAGUAUGCUGUUGGCUAAUCUUGCUUUAGUAUCUGCUGUGGCAAGCACAGUAACUUAAUGUGAAAAACCAAUACGCUGGUGGCUCCGGAAUGCACAUGAGGAAAAGCAGAAAUUUAUUUUAUCUGCAUUCUCAACAUUUAUUUCACUCUGUAUAUGUUCAGUUGUAUGUCCUUUUAAACCAUUACCUUUAUUCACAUGGUAGUAUAGGUCCAACAUAUGAGCUACCAGUUCAAUGUGUAUAGUAGACUCUGGGGAAAAUUGAUUUUUUUUCAUGUAUUCAUUCUGAAUAGUUAAAAUAUGUAUAUUUGUACAGUCUUUUAGACCUAUUCAAGUGACGCUUAUGAUAUUGUUCUUGUGUACCCAUCAUAGAUUUGUUUCUCUUUUUUAGUGUUGCCCUGCUGUGUAAUAAACGCUGUAUCUAGUUUAUCUAGCAAAAGCUUGAACCUGCUAUAGUAUGAACUUUUGACAGACUUAGUUUUUGCACAUAAUCUUGUACAAUCUCAAACCAGAGGCCAGCAACAUUAAAAAAAAUAUAUCUGGACUCUAUUGUAUUAUAGAAUUUUCUUGUUCUGAAUAUCCUCAAAAUUACAGCCAACAAACUGGUAUUUCAGAUCCAUUUUCUGAAAUCUUUUAAGCUAAAAUCACAUGCAAGAAACAAGUUUGCAGCUAAUUUUGACACCUUUUAGAACUGUAUAAAAGUGUAUUGUGUUGAGGCAGCAAACAAACUUGAGUGCUGCAUUUUGGAUAUUUAGUUUUAUCUUUAGUUACGCACCAACAUGGUGUAUUCAUUUAUACCAUCUAAUAUAUGACACACUGUUGUAGUAUGUAUAAUUUUGUGAUCUUUAUUUCCCUUUGUAUUCAUUUUAAGCAUCUAAAUAAAUUGCUGUAUUGUGCUUAAUGUAAACAUUGGCUUUAUUACAAAUAACAGUGCUUUGUACAUUUGUACUUUGUGACAUUGGAAGCCACAGAACCAAGUUACCACAAGCAUAUGUAACUGCCAGCGCCUUGUGGAAAACCAAGGCCUGCCAUUUGUGGAAGAUGAUAUUGAUGAUCUUGCAGAUUUACAGAUUCCUGUUACAAAUCCUUCUACCACUCUUUUAUUGCUAUGAUGAAAAUCCUUGGGUUUUUAAGUUCAUUUUUUGUCAAGCAGCAAGGCUGCCUUUGUGUAAAUGUCCCUAAUAAAAAAGGGUUUGAGCACAAGUUGGGAGUAACUCAACUUGUAGACAGAA